AUGAACUCUAUGAUCUUACAUGUCCGACCUUCAUCAGAUACUCAAUGGGCAGGUGAAAGUUCGAAUGGAUUCCAUAUAACUCCCACUUACAAGAAACAUCCCACGCCGUAUAUAUGCAUCAACAAGUCAUUGGAAAAUUGGAAUCCGGUCCAUUACACCUCUCAGAGUCGGGAUGAGACUGAAGUAGUGGAUAUAUCAUUGUUGGACAAUACAGCUCAUGAUGAGAUGGACAUGGAAGUGGUGGAUGCUCUUCUAGAAAAAGGAUUUGAUGGUGGUCAAGUAACGUCGAAUAGCAGUUUGAAAUUUGUCGUUCGUUGA